AUGCUUGUGAGUCGUUACACUUGGGCAGUAGAGGGGCGGCGCCUGGCUACCGUUGGUUGCGUUCUUGUUCGUGGGCCGUCAGCAAGAAAAGUCACCGUGCAAAGACGACGACUGGGCAGCAUACGGAUAGACGCAAACACCUACCAGAUACCUUACUCGGGCUGCACAAUCGGUGCGAUUUGUGAACAGAACCACGUGCCGGGCGUGCGGUUCGAUUGCCGCCGGGGUUCCUGCAAAAGUUGCCGCGUCAUGGUUCGCAUGGGGGAAGACGUUGAGGGGGAACCCGAACCAACCAAAGGAGCAAGCGAUAGCGAGGCAUCGGUGGAGACUGACGCAAUGGGAGAAAAUGAGUUGGAAAUAGAAGUACUGGCCUGCCAGGAGGAAGCUGUGGAAGGUAUGUGGGUCAUUACACUCCAAGACUCUACUCCGAGCGCGUCGCCAGAGGGGCACGCGUCACAAGCGAGCCAGGGACAGGCACCAGCAGCCGGGCCAGCUGCGACGUCGCAGCUCCACCCUGAAAAGAAAAAGCAACGAAAAACCCGAAAAGUGAAAAGGUCCAUGCCAGAGCUGAAGCAACUGCGCAGGAGGCUAGAAAUACUGAUCACGGAAGCGGAGCUGGCGCAGGCCAUUGGCGACGCCCCGGGGUUGCUUGAAAUUCUGCGCAAGGUGAGUGCCCUUUUCCAGGAUGUGGAUGCAGACGAGGUGCGCGAAGUGACCGCAAUGCACGGAAAUCGUGCCAACCUUGUCUCGGAUUUCCUCAUGCAGCUUUCCUUUUCUUCAUGCAAGGACAUUCAGCACUGGGCGGCUGCGCAUCGCGCGGCCUGGUUUGAUGUGAAAAAGGGCGAUGGAUGUUGA